GAACAACUAGCUUCAGAUCAUCGAACAUCGAGUCCUCAACAAAAGUUUCCUAAAUCUGUCCAAGGAUUACUCACGAAGAAGUCGCUUCUGCUUCUGCUUCUGCCUCUCCAUCUGUAUCCCUGUGUACGUGUGUCUUGUGUUUCGUCUCCCUCGCCUUACCUUCGGUUCGGGCGCGCACUGGAAUAGGAAACUGGAACUGGAAUUGGAAUUGGUAGUAUUGGUAUUGCUUGAGCUGGAGUUCUGGAAGCAGCUAGCCUCUUCUUCGUUCGCUUCUUCGCUUUCUUGGCGGACAUUCGCGGCUGCGUGAUAUUGCCCGGAUCAACCCAGCGAUCAGUCGAAGACGAAGACUUGCAGUGAACGCGUCGUGUACCUAGUGCUAACCUCCUCGAACGCGCGUCUACCAACUUCCAAUCCAUUCGCUCUUGCAUUCAGCUCAGCUCGUUAGAUCGUCGUCAGUUACAGCCUACAGCCGAGUACAGAUUGUACUCUGAACUCACUGCACCGCCACCCGAUACCAAGUAAAAGAUGGCCAAAAUCAUUUUAUUCUGUGUGCUGAGCCUUUUGGCAUGCGCUGCAGGUCAACGCAUUACGACAAUCCAUUUGGAUGGAGUGCAGUACUUCAUCAGCCGGAUGAAUCCCUAUUCGCCGGAACUGAACUACUUCCUGGCCUACCAGUACUGCCGCUCCCUGGGCCUGCAGCUGGCCUCGUUCGAGACGAAGGAGAAGGCCGAAUCGAUGACCACGUAUUUGAAGAAUGCCGGCUACGGCAACUACGAUUUCUGGACAUCCGGAAAUCGCCUGGGCACGGGCAUGUUCCUAUGGAUGAGCACCGGUUUACCGUUCAAUGCCACCUUUGACUUCUUCGAGAACUCGGCGGACGCCAUCCAGGCCGGCCUCCUCGAUCCCGUCGAUCACAACAGCAACACCUCGCCCCAGCGCACCGCCCGCGACAGCAGCAGUGGCGCCGAGAAGGGAUGCGUGAUCCUGAAGCAGCCCACGCUCAAGUGGAUGCCCGAGGACUGCUCGGCCGUCAAGGACUUCAUUUGCGAGCAGACCCGCUGCUACUACUACAACUACGGCAGCAUCCCGGUCUCGUCUGCGCAGGGACGUCCCAUCACCUCGACCACGCCCAGACCGCCUGCCGCACUGAUGCAUCUGCAUGACGGCACCACCACCACGCCCCUGCCCCUGCUCAUGUCCACCACCGGAGGGCUGUACACGGCCGCCAAGGCCAAGUCGUCGCCAGCAAUUGCCCAGCGCGUGGCAGAGGAGGCCAGCUCGCCGUCGUUCCACUCCUUCAAGCUGAACCAAGAUCGCUCGCUGACCGACAAGGAUGCCAUUGACGUGGAGGUGGACGACCAGGACACAGACAUGGAUGCCGAUGAGGAGCCCGAGGUGCACGGGCUCGAGGGCGUGCACGAGGGCGAGAGCGAGAGCGAUGGAGAUGUGGAUGUCGACGAUCAUGCCGGGGUCAUUAUCGCCGAUGAAUUCGGUCAGCAUGCCCGCGAGCUGGUCGGCGAUGGAGAGGCCGAUGACAUCAAGGAGCACGUCUUCCCGCUGCACGACAACGAGCUGCACCACGAGAUGCACUCCAUUGAAGAGGUUCAGCAGCAGCUGCAGCACCACGAUGAGGAUGCGGAUGCCGCACCAGCCGCAGCCGCAGCCGCACCCGCCGCCCCCGCUGCCGCCGAGGAGAGUGUCAGCGCUGAGCACGAGGCGGAGGAUGACGGCGACAGUGAAGACGGCGACUCGGAGGCCGAAUCCCAGGCACCUGAACAGGCCAGUGAGGCGCUGCCGAGCUCCACAGAGUCGCCGGUAGCCGCUGCCGCCGCCAUCGAGGAGCGCAUCAAGCAGAUUGCCCAGGACUUCCAGAAGAUGGCCAGCUCGCAGGAGAUACAGACCCCGUCCAGGGAGGAGAUGACGCCCCAGCAGUCGCUCUCGCUGAACGACCUGAUACGCACCCUGCGCCCCAACGUGCAGCAGAUCAUACCCCAGAUCGAUUCCGACUACUCGAACUCCAUGCGGGUCCGUGGCAAGACCCUGGUGUCCAAUAACUAGGCCUCCACUGGCAUCCACUAGCCUAAGUUGUGUGUGUUUGGGUCUGGGGCCUACCUGGGACUGCGGGCCUACCCACCCACUGCGGGAUUGGGUUCCACUGAGGAACGAGCAUUUUCAAGAGCCGGCCGGAUAACGUCCGAAAAUGUCGCUUCUCUCUGCGGACCCAUCCCGCAGCUCAGCCCGGGCCGGUCCGAGGGCCCCUCUAGAAAUUUCCGAUCCACACUGAUCAUUCCACUAGCAUAUAUCGCGCAACAAGAGAGAUUACAGGAGCUAAGACACUAUUCUACUAUAUUUAAAUACGAUACGAUACGAUACGAUACAAUAUUGUAUGCUUUAAUUGUAUGACAACCACCACAAAAAAAAAACAACAAAAACAAAAAGGAAACUCUUGAUUUAAUAAAAACUACCGAGUAAAACGAA